AUGUCUCACUGCUUUGUCUCCAUCGAGGCCCGAUCGACAUCCUCACCGCCCGAGCUCUUCGAGCUGGCCUGGCGGCAGUGGGGCGCCUCUGCGCGAGCGUUCCAAUCGAGCCCGUACGAGAACCGCGAGGAGAUCCGCGCCGCGGCCAAGGUCUUCGAGAGCCUCAGCGCGGCUCCGGCACUGCUGAGCGACAAGGCGGUGUCGCGACUGGCGCUCGCUCGCUCCACCAUCGAAGCGAUGCUGCCGCUGUGCGAGGAGCCCGCCGCAGCCUCCGUCGCAGAGGAGCCACUCUGCAACGCCGUGCAGUCGCUCUUCCGCACCGCGAGCGGCGAGGGCAUCGGCGUCGGGCCGCCCUCUGCGCAACGCACGGCGGAGCGGGCGCCGGGCGGAGGACGGCGCAGCAAGAACUCGCCCGGAGGCCGCUGCUUGUGCCUCAGCAGCGGCUUUGGCGAGUUCAAGAGCCAGCAGUGCACCUACCUGCCGCUCCGCACGCGCAACGGCACCAGCCACGCCUGCCGCAUGGACCGGCUGAGGGAGGGCGAGUCGCUGCUGGGGACGCUGGAGCAGUUCUGCCGCGCGUACUACCACGCAAACCAGUGGGAGGCGCAGGUGUACCUCUGCCUCAAGUGCGGCCCGGACGCGACUGGCUCGCGGCUCGUCCUGCCCGAGGGCGUGGAGGUCGGCGGCAUGAGCGGCGGCGCCGAGGGCAACGGCGCCGAAAGCGGCGGCGAGGGCGGCGGCGAGGGCGGCGGCGAGGGCGGCAGCGGCGAGGGCGGCGGCGGUGAGGGCGGCAUCGCGACGGCCCCCGACGGCGACAUCUGCGGCAAGGUGCAGGUGGUGGCGGUGGCGCUUGAGUCUCACUGGGUUCGCCGCGCAGGGUCGUCCGAGGCCAACGUGCACGCCGAGAGCUUCGUCAUCGCAGACGAGACCAUCCUGUCGGCGGUGCGCGCGGGCGAGGUUGCCGAGCUGACGCUCUACCUCUCGUAUCAGCCCUGCCACCACUCCGGCGGCCGCUUCGGUGGAGGCGAGGCGCGCCAGCGGCGGCGCGCGCACCGGCAGCACCCCACCUCGUGCACCGAGGCGCCGAUCGCCACGACGAGGGAGGCGCUGAUCGCCUACCACGAGCGCGAGCUCGCGCCGUACAACGUGCCGCUCUCGGUUGUGGUCGCCGACUUGUACAAGGUCAUGUGGACCGAGGAGCUGAUGGGCGCGCGCCGCCGGCCCGUAGCUUCCUGCCCAGCCAGAGGGCGCGCCUCCCUCACCGCGCACGUGUACGCGGCCGACGCGAGCGCGGGCCGGGAGGGGAUCCGGCGGCUGAUGUCGCAGCCGGGGAUGUCGAUGCGUGCCACGGGCGAGGAGGACUGGGCCUUCCUGAUCGGCCUGUGCGACCAGUCGGUGCAGGAGGAGUACGAGCGACGCGGCGAGGCUGGCUCGGCCUUCGGCCCCACCCACGUCGCCCUGCGGGCGAAGCUCGACGCGGUCAUUGCUGACUUCCUUGCGGCGCAGCAUGCUGAGAUGGCCGCGGCGGCGGAGGCGGCGGAGGCGGCGGAGGAGGCCGAGGAGGCCGAGGCGGUGGAGGCGGCCGAGGCGGCGGAAACGGCGCCCGCGCCGGCGGGGCCCGCCACCGAGGGUUCGGCGGAGGCGGCGGCCGCCCAGCGCCUCCCGGACAACAAGAAGAAGGUGUACGGUCGCGACUUUCUCCUCUCCUGCGCGCCGCAGCCCGCCGCGGCGCCCUCGGAGGAGGAGUGCGCCCCUCCGGCGGCCGUCGACGAGACCACCAACUUGCCGCUUUCGCCCGAGGUGUCCCGUGACGAGACGACGAACUUGGAGGCCGACGCUGCCGCGCUGAACGGGGCGAGCGGCUCAGACGUGCCGCCGCUGCCUCCGCCGCUGCCGCCGCCGCUGCCUCCGCCGCUCCCGCCGCCGCCGCCGCCGUCGUCGCUGAAAGAGGAGCCGGCGGACCUCGACGAUGCGGGAGCGCCAGCUGAAGCGGAGCCUCACGCUGGAGAGGAGCCUACGGCACGUCUGAGCCUGGCGGAGCUCGAGGCUAUCCAGGGCGAGGCCUUGGCGGACGAUAUCACAAUCGAGAGCAAGAUGUGCGCUUGGACGGCGGAGCAGGCGAUGCGCUACUUCGAGUCGGGAGGCACCGAGGAGCCUUAG